AAUCAUACGAUUAACACAACACUCUCUUCAGUUGACUGGUAGAAGACGCGGUUCCAGUGUACUAGUAUACUACUAAUCGCUCACUGUCCUUUUAUUCUCCGCGUUGCUUCCACGUCUCUUCCUAUCUCUCACUUCCAAUCUUGAAAUCGGAGAUAUCACUUUGAGAAUGGGGUCAGAGGGAAACAUGAAGAACUCGGUUGUGACACAAGUAAGCAUUGGUGGGUUUGGGGAGACAACAACUGCAAAAGAGCUUACAGAUUACCUUGAAGAAGAAGUUGGACUCGUUUGGCGAUGCAGAUUAAAAACUUCUGGGACUCCUCCUGAUUCUUAUCCUAAUUUCGAGAUCACAGACACUUCAAACAUCCCCACAUUUGAUGGUUACAAGAGAGUGGAGCCUCAUGCGUUUGUCCAUUUCGCGCUCCCUGAGUCUGCAGGUUGUGCAAUGGAUGCUGCGGGGCAGUCCAAGCUCAUCCUCGAUGGCCAGCCUUUGAAAGUCAGCUUGGGGCCUAAGAACCCAUACACACUUAACCAGAGAAGAAGAACGACAACACCUUAUAAGCUGACUGGUGUUUCGAUUGAGAUUGGGACCUUGAUUGCCCGGGAUGAGUUUCUUGUCUCUUGGAGAGCUGAAGGGGUUGAUUUCCUCGUAGACCCUUUCGACAACACCUGCAGAUUUUGCUUCACAAAGAGCACUGCCUUCUCUUUGAAGGACACAAUGAUGUAUGCUGUGAUCAACUGUGAUUAUAAGUUGGAGUUAUUGGUGAGAGACAUACGAACACUCAGGCAGUAUAGAACUCUGGAUGGCUAUGUGCUACUCUUGCAGCUGGAGACGAAGACAGAUCUGCAAGUAGUGAAAGGUUAUGUAGCCAUUGCUAAGAAUCCUUGUCUUCACCCAGGGGAUGUAAGGAUUCUAGAAGCUGUUGAUGUACCCGAGCUGCAUCACAUGUAUGACUGCCUACUUUUUCCUCAGAAAGGCGAGAGGCCACAUACAAACGAAGCUUCUGGCAGUGACCUUGAUGGCGACCUGUACUUUGUGGCUUGGGAUCAGAGACUCAUCCCUCCCAGCAGAACAAGCUUUCUCGCCAUGCAAUAUACUGCAGCUGAAGAAUCGAGUAAGGGCCGUCCUGUCAACCACCAGGACAUAAUAGAGUUCUUUGUCAAAAACAUGGCGAAUGAGCAUUUGGGUACAAUAUGCAAUGCACACGUCGUUCAUGCUGAUAGAAGUGAGUAUGGAGCCAUGGACGAAGAAUGUGUGCUACUGGCGGAACUAGCUGCUAUAGCAGUCGAUUUCCCAAAGACAGGGAAGCUGGAUCGGAAAGCUGUGAAGGACCCUUCCCAUCGCACUGGUCCUCCCACCUUCUCCUCAUUGUUUAGAAUAUCAUUGAAGUUGCCCGUUAAUAACCAUGGUACAUCGCUACCUCUGCCAAUCUGA